AUGAAUACUCCACCGCGUUCCGAAUCUCCAAAUGCAUUGAGCCGGCACUCUGCAAUCCACUCAAACGAGGACCGUGUGGACACACCCCUCGAAUCUGCCAACGGCGAGGCUGUCAACGAUUACGAACACUCCGAUCUCGCAUCUACCGAAGUCAGCGAGACCGACUUUGAUGGCUCUUAUGAAGAUGAGUAUGAAGGCAGCGACUUCGACUUGACUGACUAUGGUGAAGAUGGAUACGAAAGCAGUGACCUCGACUUGGCCUCACCCACUAUCAGGAGGCCCCGCCGCGUGGAUCUUUUCACCCAAGAUCAAUAG